AUGUUAAGGAUAAACCAGAGACUACUAGUACGUUCCUUAAGAGAUGCCCAGUACCAAUACCUUAAAAGUACGGCUUUAAGAUUUUUAUCGUCUAGCACACAGUCAAAUGUUGAGACAACACCAAGAAGAUCAGGAAGGUUAUUUGAGUUGAACAAAGAGUAUACAGGCAAAUUGGCACAACCUGAUGGGAAGGCAAAUAUUGAAUCUUUAUACAAUGAGUUCAAAAAUGACUUAGAUAAGAUAUCUGAAUUUUCAAACGGAAGACAAGGAAUGGCACCAAAAUAUGGCAGGAGCAGAUCAUUGUCUUUUAUUAACCGUCUUUUUCAAAGCAUUACAAAUGCGAAGAAUACUUCUAGCUUAGACCCAUAUGUUGUGCUUGAACAACUAUCGAAGUAUAAUUUGAUAGGUCCUGCUCAAUAUGAGAUGAUAUUGAGAUACUACCUGCUUGUGAAGGACGCUCCUAAAGAUGUUAUCUCCCUGUGGGUUAAAUAUUUGGAGCAAUUCACAACAUCAAAUGAAAACUUAAUGGCAUAUACCACAAUAGCAUACUUGAAACUUCCUGAUAUGAACGAACCAGAUUGCAGCAUGUUACAACAGAUUUUACAGACAGAAAGAUUUCAUACCGACAUUCCAUUCGGAAGAAUAAUUUCCAUUGUUGAACAGAAUGAAGUGUUGAAAAGGGACCAAGAAUUAUCCAACAGAUUUGCAUAUCUCUUAAAUUUAUAUGCAACACAAAACAAGACGUGGUUCAUAAAUCAACUUGAUAUCUGUUACACAGAAUCUAGACUAAGAAGCUUUUAUAAUAUCUAUUCUGCACAAAGGGAUAUCAAUAACUGCGAUAUUGAAAUUAUUACAAAGUUUAUGGAGCAAUUCAAUAAACUGAAUGCGAACUCCUCUUUUCCAAUGCAAGUAUUCAACGAGUAUAAGGAUAAACUUAGCGACGCGGAUGGUUUUAAAUUAAAAUUAGGAUUACUCGACAUUGUUUCAAAAUAUCCAGCUCCCUCAAAAAUACAAAAACUGCAAAGACUAUUGGCUGUUUGGAAUUCAUAUUUGAAACCAGAAUUUGGUAAAGUGGGAAUCGAUGCCUCUCUAGCAUAUGCUUCUUUGAUCAAAGCUUUAAAUACAUCUGGAAAUAUUGAAGAAUUACAGAAUAUAUGGGAAAAAGAGAUACCUACAGAGUAUAAGAAUAACCAAGUUGUCUUUGAGGCCUUUUUACUAGCAAUUAUCAGAAGAACAAAGAUCACAUAUUCACAAAUUCAAAACAGAAUAGAUGCUACGAAAUUUGGGAAACUAAAAUCUGUUGAUCUAGCUGAAGCAAUAGCGUUAAAAAUUUUUAAUGAGAAUCCAAAUGAUAGCAAAGUAUUUGAUGAUUUUUACCAACAGAACAGCUUGGAUUCAUUUGGGUCUAAUACCUCCAUUUUGGCGUUGAAAACAUAUGGUGACUACAUAUACAAAACCAAGACGGACGAUGAGACAUAUGUUAUCGCUAAUGAUGUUAGAAGCAAAGUACUAAAACUAAAGCCUCAAAUUUCUACUCAAUCGUGGAAGCAAGAGGUCAACUUGAUUUUAGAAAAGUUCAUCGAUAUUGCACCUUCGAUUAUUCCUGUCCGUGUGUUAUUUGAGCAAAGAGGGAUUUACCAAUUGAAUUUCACCUUACAAAAAAAGAUUUUGUUCAGUGAAUUCCGUAAACCGGAUGGUGAUGUUCAGAAUGCGGAGAAAAUAUUUGAGGAAUUAAUGAAGACUGACAACAACAAAGUAUCGCAACCCAUGAGAAUCAACUCACCUCAAUUAAUGGGUACAAUGAUAAAGGGUCUUUGUCAGGUUAUUGGUAGAACACACGACGUGUCACUAUAUCCAGAAUUAUCCAAGUACCUAGAAAUGCUUCCUGGUUUAGAAGUUCAUAUGUCUAUUAAUUGGAUGGAACAGGUUCUGAGAACAAUAAGGAUGGUCUUUAGAAGUGGUAGUACUAAAACUAUCCCAAAAGAACUACUGGAAUUCUCUGAAUUCAUUAUCGAAAAGUUGCCUGCAAUAGAUCCCGAUUUCAAUUACCAGUUUAGAAAUGAUGACAUAGCUAUGUUCAAAAAAAUUGGUGCAAAAUCAUUCUCAAAGCUAAAAUCCACUUCGACAUGA